AUGGAGGGCACCAAGGGCGGUUACUCGGUGCAAGCCACCGCCGCCAUCGCCGCCGCCAUCACCUUCCUGGUGCUCUUCACCAUCACGGGCAACGUGCUGGUGAUCAUGGCCGUGCUGAGCAGCCGCUCGCUGCGGGCGCCGCAGAACCUCUUCUUGGUGUCGUUGGCGGCCGCCGACAUCUUGGUGGCCACUCUCAUCAUCCCCUUCUCCUUGGCCAACGAGCUCCUGGGCUACUGGUACUUCGAGAAGACGUGGUGCGAGAUCUACCUGGCUCUGGACGUGCUCUUCUGCACCUCCUCCAUCGUCCACCUCUGCGCCAUCAGCCUGGACCGUUACUGGUCGGUCAGCCGCGCCAUCGAGUACAACGCCAAGCGGACGCCGCGGCGCAUCAAGUGCAGCAUCCUCAUCGUCUGGACCAUCGCCGCCGUCAUCUCCCUCCCGCCUUUGGUCUACAAGGGGGAGAAGAAGGCGGCGGCGGGAGGGCGGCCGCAGUGCAAGCUCAACGAGGAGGCCUGGUACGUCCUCUCCUCCAGCGUCGGCUCCUUCUUCGCCCCGUGUCUCAUCAUGAUCCUCGUCUACCUGCGCAUCUACCUGAUCGCCAAACGCCGUCACCGCUCCCGCCCCGCCAGCACCAAACCGCCGGGAUCAGUGCCACCCAACGUCACCCCCCCAGCCGGUGCGGACCCCCCGGGGACCUGCCCGCCGGCGGACAGGACCUCGCUGCUGAGCCCCGAGGAGCCCCCGACGUCCCCCAACCCCGGGGCAGGGACGUCCCCGCAGCCCGGGGGACGCCCCAGGGACACGUUGGCCACCGGGACGGGGCGGGUGGUGUUGGCACAUCGGCCGCCGGCGUUGAACCCUUGGAGGAGGAAGACUCAGGUCAACCGGGAGAAACGUUUCACCUUCGUCUUGGCCGUGGUCAUCGGCGUCUUCGUCCUCUGCUGGUUCCCCUUCUUCUUCCUCUACAGCCUGGGCGCGCUCUGUCCCCGGCGCUGCAAGGUCCCCGACGGCGUCUUCCAGUUCUUCUUCUGGAUCGGUUACUGCAACAGCUCCCUCAACCCCGUCAUCUACACCGUCUUCAACCAGGACUUCCGCAAGGCUUUCCGACGCCUCCUCUGCCGCCGCCGAGCCCCGACGCCCUGGUGAGGGGCUCCGGUGAGGGGCUCUGG